AGGGUUAGGGUGGAGAGGCCCUGAUUCAAGGUGGGCAACAGAAGCCACAGCUGGAGGUGCCCAGGGCGGGGAGUGCACUGGGCGGUGCCGGGAGCCGGGAAGACUGGGAUCCGGGAGAAGCGCGGCGCGAGCUGUCCCUGCACCCCCAGGGCGGCGCCGAAGACCCCUCCCCCAUCGAAACCACCUUGAGCGGAAAACGUGGGGUCCCGGCGCAGCCGCUUCUGGCCGCAUCUGCCGCUCCCCAGCUCGCUGGAGAGCCCGCCCCGGAGGAGGGGCUGGCUCCGCCCCACCUCCGUGCUGCCUCCCUCCCCCUUCCCUUGCUUUCCUCGGGCCGCGCGCCCCCUCCUCCCCCUCCUCCUCCUCCUCCUCCAUCCUUCCUCCCGCCGGGUUCGUGCGCCCCUCCCGCUGUGACUGGCUGGGAGGCUCGGCCGCCCCCGCCCCGACAGGGAGGCGGGGGCGCUAGCCGCGGCCGCCACCCGAGGCUGCGGAGGGGAACGAGAUCCGAGGCCCCGAGGCGGCCCUGCGUCUGGACCGGGCGCGCGGGGGCUCUUCUGCGCCCCCCAGCCCUGGGCCGCUGGGCCUGGCCUCGCCGCGGGGUGGAGGAGUGCCUAGCAUGGGCCUUGUGCUGGACAUCAUUUGCUGGGUGGAUAAAAUGGACUGACGCGGACAAGCCCUAAGCCUUAGAACUCAGCUAGAGCAAAGCUGCAGCAAUGAGAAGACAGCAAGCUCUUACCUCCCAGUAGGUGACCAGCAGAACCAGGAAGCCACCUGUUAUUCAAGAUGGGCUCCUUUCAGCCAGAGUGUGUCUCUUGCUUGUUGGACCUUACUGAGGCCAUUGGAAAGACACUCCCAACAUCCUGACAUUUUUCUCCAAAUCCCCUAAUGUUCCAGCCAUGCCUCCUUGCCCCGGGCCGCGGGCGCCCUGAGCCUUCCUGACCCCGCAGGGGGCCUGGCCCGCGGUCCCCCAUGAGCGCGCCCGGCUGACCGGCGGGGCGGCCGCGGUGGAGCCCGCGUGCCGCGGGGGCGGCGGGGCCAUGGCCUCGCUGGACCUGCCGUACCGCUGCCCCCGCUGCGGGGAGCACAAGCGCUUCCGGAGCCUGUCGUCGCUGCGCGCGCACCUGGAGUACAGCCACACCUACGAGACGCUCUACAUCCUCUCCAAGACCAACAGCAUUUGCGACGGCGCCGCCGCUGCCGCGGCCGCCGCGGCGGCCGCCUCGGGCUUCCCGCUGGCGCCCGAGCCCGCCGCCCUGCUGGCCGUGCCCGGCGCCCGGCGCGAGGUCUUCGAGAGCACGUCCUUCCAGGGCAAGGAGCAGGCGGCCGGGCCGUCGCCCGCGGCGCCGCACCUGCUGCACCACCACCACCACCACGCGCCCCUUGCACACUUCCCCGGCGACCUGGUGCCCGCUAGCCUGCCCUGCGAGGAGUUGGCCGAGCCGGGCCUCGUGCCCGCCGCUGCCGCGCGCUAUGCGCUGCGCGAGAUCGAGAUCCCGCUGGGGGAGCUGUUCGCCCGCAAGUCCGUGGCGUCCUCGGCGUGCUCGACGCCGCCGCCUGGGCCUGGCCCCGGCCCUUGCCCCGGGCCUGCCUCCGCUUCGCCCGCGUCCCCCUCACCUGCCGAUGUGGCCUACGAAGAGGGCCUGGCGCGCCUCAAGAUCCGCGCGCUGGAGAAGCUGGAGGUGGACCGGCGGCUGGAGCGCCUGAGCGAGGAGGUGGAGCAGAAGAUCGCGGGCCAGGUGGGCCGGCUGCAGGCCGAGCUGGAGCGCAAGGCGGCGGAGCUGGAGACUGCGCGGCAGGAGAGUGCAAGGCUUGGGCGCGAGAAGGAGGAGCUGGAGGAGCGCGCGUCUGAGCUCUCCCGCCAGGUGGACGUGAGCGUAGAGCUUCUGGCCUCACUCAAGCAGGACCUGGUGCACAAGGAACAGGAGCUGAGCCGCAAGCAGCAGGAGGUGGUGCAGAUCGACCAGUUCCUGAAGGAGACAGCGGCGCGGGAGGCCAGCGCCAAGCUGCGGCUGCAGCAGUUCAUUGAGGAACUCCUUGAGCGGGCUGACCGUGCUGAGCGACAGCUGCAGGUCAUCAGCAGCAGCUGUGGCAGCACGCCCAGUGCCAGCCUGGGCCGUGGAGGUGGGGGCAGUGGUGCUGGCCCCAAUGCCCGGGGCCCAGGCAGAAUGCGAGAACACCACGCGGGCCCGGCCGUGCCUAGCACAUAUGCAGUGUCACGGCAUGGCUCCUCUCCCAGCACAGGGGCCUCCAGCCGUGUGCCAGCCGCAUCCCAGAGCUCAGGCUGCUAUGACAGUGACAGUCUGGAGCUGCCCAGGCCGGAGGAGGGGGCCCCUGAGGACAGUGGCCCUGGGGGCUUGGGCACACGGGCCCAGGCUGCCAAUGGGGGCUCAGAGCGGUCCCAGCCCCCUCGCAGCUCAGGCCUGCGGCGCCAGGCCAUCCAGAACUGGCAGCGCAGACCCCGCCGACACAGCACUGAGGGGGAAGAGGGUGAUGUCUCUGACGUUGGCUCCCGAACCACUGAGUCAGAGGCUGAGGGCCCAUUGGAUGCGCCCCGCCCCGGGCCUGCUAUGGCUGGGCCAUUGAGCAGCUGCCGGCUCUCAGCCCGCCCUGAGGGAGGCAGUGGACGGGGUCGGCGAGCAGAGAGGGGCAGCCCCUCACGCUCCAAUGAGGUCAUCAGCCCAGAGAUCCUGAAGAUGCGAGCCGCCCUCUUCUGCAUCUUCACCUACCUGGACACGCGCACACUGCUGCACGCCGCUGAGGUCUGCCGGGACUGGCGCUUCGUGGCCCGCCACCCUGCAGUCUGGACAAGGGUGCUGCUUGAGAAUGCCCGUGUCUGCUCCAAGUUCCUGGCAAUGCUGGCUCAGUGGUGCACCCAGGCCCACUCUCUGACGCUGCAGAACUUGAAGCCCCGGCAGCGGGGAAAGAAGGAGAGCAAGGAGGAGUAUGCCCGUAGCACCCGGGGCUGCUUGGAAGCUGGGCUGGAGUCCCUGCUGAAGGCAGCUGGGGGGAACCUACUGAUCCUGCGCAUCUCCCACUGUCCAAACAUCCUCACCGACCGCUCGCUCUGGCUGGCCAGUUGCUACUGCCGUGCCCUGCAGGCUGUCACCUACAGGAGUGCCACAGACCCUGUGGGCCAUGAGGUCAUUUGGGCCCUGGGCGCAGGCUGUAGAGAGAUCGUCUCCCUCCAAGUGGCACCACUUCACCCCUGCCAGCAGCCCACGCGCUUCAGUAACCGCUGCCUGCAGAUGAUUGGUCGCUGUUGGCCCCACCUGCGGGCCCUGGGGGUCGGGGGUGCCGGCUGUGGGGUGCAGGGCCUGGCAUCACUUGCGAGAAACUGCAUGCGGCUGCAGGUCCUGGAGCUUGACCAUGUGUCAGAGAUCACCCAGGAGGUGGCGGCAGAGGUCUGCCGGGAAGGCCUGAAGGGAUUGGAGAUGCUGGUGCUCACAGCGACUCCCAUCACCCCUAAGGCCCUGCUGCACUUCAACAGCAUCUGCCGGAACCUCAAGUCGAUUGUGGUCCAGAUUGGGAUUGCGGAUUAUUUCAAAGAGCCCAGCAGCCCUGAGGCCCAAAAGCUGUUUGAGGACAUGGUGACAAAACUCCAGGCCCUGCGACGGAGGCCCGGCUUCUCUAAGAUUCUGCACAUCAAGGUGGAAGGUGGCUGCUAACCCGGGUAGGGGGCGGCAGGGCCCCUGCCAGCCCCAUAGCAGGGCACUCUCUUUGGACCUCAGAGGGACCCUGGUUUGGACUAGACCUUUGGAGGCUGAGUGUUAUCCCUGGCUUCUGGAGGGGGACUGACAAAUCUCCUGUCCUCCUCCUGGAGCAGCGGAGCAACAGGCCUGACCCAGGACACUGCUUCCCUAGUACAGGGGCUUGGACAGAAGCUGCCCUCCGACCCCGACCCUACCCCGGCUGGAGCAGCCUCUGGCACAGCCAUUGAGGAGCUGUCACCACCAGCGCCUGGUGUCAUCAUCACCUGGAGGAUCUGCAAUAACCACCCAGUGGCUCCUCAGCUGUUCUGGCCGGCCUCACCUUCCUGAGGCCCAGCCUCCUGGUCAGGAGCCUCUGGGGCCCCAGGCCAGCGGGGGCUCCACAGGGCAGCUCAGACUUGGCAAGGAGGACUCUUCUCCCCAACCCUGCCCCAGCCUUCUGGGGGCACCCCCUCAGACAGCCUGCCUAGGCUCUGGAUCCACAUUUUCUGGGGAUACCACAGGCAGACCUAGGAACCUGGGCACGUGGUCAGCCAAAAGCUGGGGGCAGCAGUACAGUGGGGUAGUGGGGGUGGGUUUGGAAAGGAAACAGUCACCCAGAACUUCUCUCCAGGAUGAGACCACCCUUCCACGGUGGGGGAUUGCCAGGGAGAGGAAACUUAUUUAUUGCUGUAAGACAAGACCCCUCCUCCCAAACCCACACCCCACUGCAUACCAGAGCUAAAUUCAAAGCUGAAAGGCACACGUUUUUAUACCUACAUUCAUUCCUGAGGGACCCUCCAGAGGGUCAGGGUCCCAGCCCCAGGCAGCCCUGUCACAGUGAGAAGUACUUCCUGUCCUCAAAGAAUUUCCUUCUAAUCCAGGUGCUUGGGCAGGAACCUGAUGGCCUUCGGGUCACCAAGGCUGUCUGGGAGGGAGGCACGGGGCCACCCUCUGUGCUGAGGCCGUGGAGGAAGCCAGGAGGAGGGUGGCUUGCUUUGCUUCCUUGUCUAAUUAGCUUGCUUGAAGAUGUAGCCUUGGCAGGGAGCCAGACCCAUGGGGCCAAGGAAGAGGAAGAGCAUCCUCAACAGACUCACUCCCCCUUCCUCGGUCUCCACGGGCCCCAUGGGCUGAGGGCUGCAUUGGGGUCUUCUGCCUAGGGGAAGUGCUGGACCUGGGCUGGAGCCACUUGGCUUAGAAGCCACAGGAUUCCAGUGGGGCUUUUCACUGGCCUUUGCAGUCCCCAAAGGAUCAGGUCUCAGAACCAAGGCUCCAAAGGCUUGAGGUCUCCCCAGUUCCUCCUCUCAGAACUCCCAUAGUGGCUCAGAGGCCGGGGGUCCUGCCAACUUUCAUUUGGAAAGUUCUUUCAAACAUCUAAACUAGAUCUAUCUUAGGGUUUCUUUCUCUCCUAGAUAGGAUCAGCUCCCAGCCCUAGCCAUUAGGCUGCUGGUCCUGGCUGGGGAUGGGGUCCCCUCGUUACCCAGUCCUUCCCAGGAACCCAACUCCCUAACGCAACCUGGCUUGGACAUAAAGACCCAGCCCUCGGUUACCUUGUAAAGAGUCCUCCAGAGCUGGGACCCCACGGACACAGCAGCACACCCAGCUCCCAUGGCGUCACUCCCUAGCUCUGUCCCAGAUCUUGCUAUCAUUGUUGACUUUUCCUCCUGUGGCUUGUUCUGUCCCUGCCCUUUGAAAAUCUAAAAUACCAAGGGUGUCAUGCUGGCAACUCCCUGCCCAGUCCUGCACGAAGCCUUGGCUGUGUGUGGCACCCCCUGCCCCUACCCCAGAGCAGCUGGCUCCAUUGGCUUCUCCCUGCACCAGCCCUGUCCUCAGGGGUCAGGAAAAAGCAGCACGGCUUUCUUUCCUCUCCUCCAGAGGCCUGGAAGGGAGGUGGAGGUCCACCAAGGGCCUGGCUACCUUGGAUUUGUUGGUCCUGCCUUGCCAACUGCACCCUGCAGCUCCUGCUCCCUGUGACCCCAGAACCAGAGGUGCUGCCUUCCCUGUCUCCUGGACAAAGCACAAAGGGAUGCCCUGCUUGGCUUCAGCCUGCCCAACUGAGGGAUUUUCUCUGUCCCAGGGACCUUCCAUCCCUGAAUACAAGGCUCUGGGCAACUUCUCUCUGGGUGGUACACACUAGAAUGCCUGGCAUUAGCUCUGGGAAAGGAGGUUGGGGCAUAUGGGCAGCGAGCUAGGGGGGAGAAAGGUGGUGCUGAAAGGCCAGACGCUAGUUGCAGUUUCACUCAUUCAUUCAUUCGUGCAACAGUACCGAGCACUACCAGCACUGGAGGCAGAGGGGUGAACAAGAUACCCUUCUGCCUGGGGGACGUCCACUUCCCACGGGUUUGGCUAUUUCCAGGAAAGCCCCUCAGUCCUCCACCUUGUUCUGGCUGUGUGUGAAGGAUGUGUGUGAGCAGGCCCAAUCUUUUGCAGCAGGAAUGAGAGGUCAGAGUAUCCCACUGCACACGCACCCCCGGGCUGACAGACUUGUGCCCCCCAGCCUUCAUGCAUGCCUGAGCACUGGCAGCUUUGCAGCCCCUGCCCCACCAGCCCCUUGACGCUCUUCUUUUGUUCUCUCCUUGGGGAUGAGCCCUGCUGCUGAGUAGGGAGUUUUUGCUUGCUGGGAGGCUCUAUGCAUUGAUUUCUUUGGCAACCAUACAGCUAGGGCUGAGGAUGGGAACAAGGACAGAGGGCCUGGCUAUCCCCAGAAGCAUUUCAUCCAUCUUUACCCACCCAAAGGGAUCCCUCCACAUCUCAUACCCAGUAAGAUGCAAGAAAGGAAUAUCUGAGAGCAAGCAGCCCUGCUCCAGGGGACCCAGGUAUGUGUAGAGGCCCAGUGGGGGUGGCCACUUGGUGUUUCUACCACCCCUUGCCAUCCAGUCUGGCUCCAGUGCCUACUUGGGAGGUUGGUGUACUUGGGUUAAGUACUUCAUGCUUUAUUUAGGCUGCUUCCCCACAGCACCGACAGGAAAUGAAGAUGCACUUACAUGCAUCCCUGCGGGAAUGAAGAGUGGGUGGGCUGCCCAGCACCACGGCCUUUCCCCAGCCAGGAGAGACCACCUAAGGAUCAAGGCAGCUCCUGUUUUCUUGGUCCUGUGACACUCGAGUCUGAGCCAGCCCCUCAGGAAUUGCCUCGAAAGUGGGGGGGGGGGGGGGAAGGGCCUCCUUCCCAAGGCCUGCUACUCCAAGGUUUGGCUCCAUCCCUUGCCUUUGGGUCCUGCCUAUUACCCUGGUCCUGGUCUCUAAUCUUUGGGGCCAUAGGUGGGGAGUCACCUGGGCCCCAAUCCCUCUAAGGCGCUAAGUUGAAGGAGGCCUUCCCAGAGUGACUAUUGGUGCCAAAGUGCCAGUUCCUGUUGGACUUGGGGUAAAAACAGGAGAGAGAGUGAGUGGGUAUAUGGCCCAAGUGCCCAGAGAAGUUAACUCGAACCCAUGGGACAUGUCCCAGCCUGUCAGUCCCUGAUGAGUGUAACUUCCUUCCCCUGGGGGCCUGGUCCUUCUCUCUACCCCAGUGGCCAUGCUUUCUCACCCAGCCUUGUGCCCGGCCUGCAUUUCUGUAUAUAUUGCUGUGUAUUGUGUGUAUGUAUGUAUUCCUGGACAAGUGUGUUCAUCUGCAGCCCUUGCCUGAGGAUAAGGUUUAGGAUUGGGUAAACAUCAGAAUACCAGGGCCAGCUAAGGCAACGACUCCCUCCCCAACCCCUUGGGACCUCAGCCAGUCCCAAGGCUGCCCUGACAAUCAGGCAGGCUCCCCACCAUGAGACUAAGCCUCCUCUGCCACUGCCAGCAUGGCCCAAGGGAGGCUUGGCCUUGGGCUUGCCAGCCUCAGCUCUGCCCUGGCAAGGGUCUUGUAUCCAGGGCAGAGGCCUGAGGUGACCCAGGCUUGCCUUGUGGCUGAUGCCAGCAGGCUUGGUUCUAGUGGGCACCACUGGUGGGUGACCUCCAUAACUGGCCCUUAGGCCCUGCCUUCCUGCACAGCUAGGCUAUAAUGGGCCUGAGCGUGAGAGGGUAGCUUCCCCAGCCCCAAGCACAGGCAGAGGGGUGGAAAGCAAUUUUUGGUUUUAUUUUUGUUUCUGAAGUGGUGCCUGUACCUCCAGCCCCCAGGGGGCCUUUCCUGGCCACACUUCUCUGCCCCACCCAGGCAUUGCCAUCCCAGCACUUUGCUCCAUGUCACCCGUAAGAUGCCCUUUGCUGAAUGUACCUGAGUGUAUGUAUUUAAAAGGACUCACAUGGGCAUCAGAGAAUUUAUGGCUCUGUAUCCAAUAAAAAAGAUGGUGAAACUGGUA